AGCAAAAUAACGAGUGAAACAACAAUUAGGAAUAAAAAUAAGAAAAAAAACUUAACACCGUUGGAAAGUCAGGCCGUGAGACACACUAACAGCAAAACUGAAAGUGUGAUGGGACCUUAAGCAUCUUUUGAGCCUCGAGAUGACCACCCCAGGCGCUCACCAAGACCACAAGACCUGCCUGCACACCCCGGAGUCAGACUAUCUUAUUGGGAAUGGAGUGCGCCAGCGGGGAAGCCUGCCGGACCAGGAAGAAAUCCCUCAUUACUUCAUUCGGCCCUUCAAGGACAAGGGCGGCACACUGUCCUGGCUGGAGAGCUUUGUCCGGGAGGUGCGAUGGCUGUGUCGGCAGAGGGAGGCCCAGCAGACCCUGGUGCUGGUGGUGGUGAACCUGGCGGCCACGCUGCUGCUGGUGUCCUGGUGCCACGCCACUCGCAGCAUGGCUCUGAUGGCGUACACUUACCUGUCGUGGUUCAGCCUGCUCAGCCUGAUCACAUGUCUGGUGUACGUGUGGGCGGAGGGGCAGCAGGCGACCAGUGGCUUCACCUUUGGGUACCAGCGGUGUGAGGUGCUGGUGGUGUUUGCCUCGGUGAUGCUGUCACUGCUGGGUGCUGUCAUCAUCGUCAAGGAGUGCAUUGAGCGCUUCAUUCAGCCCGAAGCUGUGCAAACAGGCAUGCUGAGUGUUGGAGGGGUGGUGGGCCUCAUCCUGCACCUGGGAAUGACCUCACUGUCACGCAACCCACCGCUGGCACAGGUCCUGCGUGCCUCACACUCCUCCCUCCUGCAGGAACAUGUUGCUGAUAUGUGCCACAGCCUGUGCAGUUACAUUCCCUCACUGACAAGAAUCCUGCUGCCCCGAGUGGAUCCCUUGGUGCUCAUAUCAAUCACUGGGUUCCUCGCAAUACUGGCAGACCACCUCAUCCUGCAGAUAUAUAACUACCAGCAGGCUGACAAUGUGGCCGCGCUAGUCAUCGCACUGCUCACCAUCGCCACCAUGUUCCCGCUGUGCAUGUGCUCCGCCACCAUACUCCUCCAGGUCAACCACACCCCAAGCACCUUCACGCAGCUGGACAAGUGCCUGCGGGAAGCUCUCACCCUGGAUGGCGUCCUUGAGUUCCGCCAUGAGAAGUUUUGGGCGCUGGGAGUGGAGGAUCCGUCACACAGGACCUCCGCCAACACACACCCCAGUGGAUUCAUGCUCACCGGAAGUCUCCAUGUUAGGAUCCGCCGCGAUGCCAACGAGCAGAAGGUGUUGGCACAUGUGAGGGAGCGCCUGUCCCCGCUGGUGCCUCUACUCACUGUGCAGGUGUUCAAGGAUGACUGGACCCGCAGUGCCACCACCCUACAGCUCCUCAACGACUCAGCCCGCGCCCUGGCCACCUCACCCUCACACUCCCCUCAUUAUGUCAACGUCACCUACCCACAAGUGUACAGUCCCCUUAAGCCCACUGCCGUCAACCUGCCCCUCACACCCUCCCCCUUCCUGCCUCCACGCCCACAGCCCUACCAUGCCCCAUCACCCCGGCUGGAAGGCUCAAGAACACCAUUUACCGACGCCAACAGAGCAUUUAUGGAAGACAGAUCUGGCUACAGUCACAUCAAUAAUGCUGCACCUCAAAAACCUUCAGAGUCUCACAUGCAUAGAAUCCCUGGUGGGUGGAGCAGGGGAGUGGCCAGGGAGACGACCCCCAAGCCCAAGACAUGGACGGUUGGGAGGGAACCAUACAUUCCCCGAGAAGGCCCCUCACCCAAGCCAUCCCCUCACUACGUUAAUGUGGACUUCUCUGCCAGGUCGGGAAUGGUGCAGACGGUUGGUGGGCCGCCUCUCAGUAACUGCAACAACUCCCAUCACGUUCCAAGAUAAUGUUAAGUGGAGGGUUAGUCAUGCCCUGCUAAGACUAUUGAGAUUAGUUAGUAGAAUGAGGGCUGGUCAUUGCUCUCUUAUUUAUUGCCUAAACAAAUAUACCUGUUCACUCUCCAUCACCAUCUUGUACUAAAUGCUAUUGUAGUGUUGUAGGCAGCUGGUAAUUGCUUUAUGGUAGUGUGUGUCUGCAUGUGUGUGUGUGUGUGUGUGUCAGUGAGAGGAAGUGAACUUAUAUUUUUCUAAUAACAAACUUUGGUAAGAUAGAUUUACACACAGAGAGAGAAAGAGAGAGAGAGAGAGGUGUAAGUCAGAGAGACAGGAAAAAGGGGCGCCAUUUAUCUUGUCUCUUCGUCACUUUUCAUCUAAUAUUUUUGCAUAAUCUUAAGUGUGUGAGAGGAGGAUGAAAGUUUUGACGGUGCUAGUUUUGUUCUUGAGGUUGUGUCUCAAGUUUGGGGGACAGUGUGCUGUGGCCACUUAGAAUGUUGUCAUCUAGGAAUAAAUAUGAAGACAGUGUAAGAGAGAGAGAAGCAGUAAGUAGUGUUGUGGUGGAGGUGAUCACACAGCACCUCUUCAUGGUCUGGUUGUGUGGGGAGGACUAGAGGUAGGUUUUUUCUUUCUUUUUUUUAUGUAGGAGGGAAAACUGGCCAAUGGAAAAAGAAAAAAAAAGGCCCACUUGAUAGCCAGUUCCCUAAAAGAUUAAGAAAGUUAGCCAAAAAUCUGGGACAAAUGUCUUGAAACCUCCCUCUUGAAAGAAAUCAGGUUGUAGGAAGAUGAAAAUACAGAAGCAGGCAGGAAGUUCCACAGUUUACCAGAGAAAGUUAUGAAUGAUUGAGAGUAACUGGUUAACUCUGGUGAGGUGAUAAGGAGGACAGCUGUACAAAGGUGGAGUGGCUGGUGUGGAUGUAUGGAGUGAAAGGUUGAGAAUGGAGUGUGGAAUGUGGGGUGUGGGAUGUGGAGUGCUAGUGUGGAGUGUUAGAGGAGGAACAAUUGGAGGUUUCUGUUGUGAUUACUUUACUGAGGGAGUUCCAAGUAAUGGGUGCUGGAUUAGACUAAACUAACUGGUGAGAUGGGCCAUGUUCAUUCACUUAAGUAUGAUAAUCUAUUCACUGCUUAACCCCUUCAGUACCAUCACACAUUUCCAUAUUUUACUUACUAUUUGGUGAUUUUAUACAGCUUCAGAAACUUAGGUGAGGAUUGAAAUAGUGAAGACUCUGGCCAUUAAUCUUCUGGCCCAUAUAGACCGUUCCUAAUGUCAAUAAAAUGGUCGAAUUGUACCGAAAACUCGUGAUGAAAAAAAGUGUAUCCCAGUACUGAAGGGGUUAAGUACCAUAUCUCCAUAGAACAAGCUACUUUCUCAUUAAACUUCUUACAUAUAUUUUUUUUCAUGCCAUUUUCUUUUAUCAGUAUGUUUUACAAGAGCUCAGAGACAAUUAUGUACUUAGCUUCUUAUGAGUGUCUUCAUCUUACAAAUAGAACCACGGAAACACCUUCACAACAGCCCAAUACCUUCUUGAUUUGUUGAACGUAGUCUAAAGAAGAUGCUGAGAUGUUUGGAUCACACAUGUAAAUACUGUUUAUUCCCUUCAGUACAAUGACACAUUUCCAUAUUCACUUUGCUUACUAUUUGGUGAUUUUAUACACCUCAGACACUCAUGUGGGGGAUUAAAAUAGUGAAGGCUGUGGCCAUUAACUCUCUGGCCUUCAUAGAUCCUUCCUAAUGUCAAUAAAAGGGUUUGAUCGUACACAAAUCUCAAGGUAAAAUGUGUCCCAGUAUUGAAAGGGUUAAGGUGAAAAUGUCCACAUGUCAAAACCCUUCCUCUGUUCCUUCAAGCACACAACAAUGCAGUGCUUUCAUAACCUCUUCAGUACCAUGAUGUGUUCCCAUAUUCAUUCUGGUGACUAUUUGGUGACUUUAUACAGCUUCAGAAACUCAUGUGGCGAUUAAAAUAGUGAAGACUGUAGCCAUUAAUCUUCUGACCUUCAUAGAUGCUUUCUAAUCUAAAUAAAAUUGUGCAAUCAUACGCAAAACUCAUGGUAAAAAAUGCUUCCACGUACUGAAGAGAUUAAUGCAGACCGUACUUACACACUUGCACCUCAGAACACCUAAGGAAAGGCAAUGAUAGUGUUGAUAUGGCUGGUAAUGUGCUGGAGUGUUGUCAGUGUUGUGUCUAGUGAUUCCCUGUUACUAGAUCUGUUUUUGCUUCACAGUUACACCUCAGAACACCUAAGGGAAGCCAGUGAUAGUGUUGGUAUGGUUAGUAAUGUGCUGGAGUUGUGUUAGGAAUGUUGUGUCUAGCUACCAAUUCCUUUGUAUAAGUUUCUGCUACAUUUACACCUCAGAACACAUAAGGGAAGGCAGUGAUAGUGUUGAUUUGGUUAGUAAUGUGCUGGAGUUGUGUUGUCAGAGUGUUGUGUCUUGCAAUUCCCUCUCAUUAGAUCAGUUUCUGCUUCACACUUACACCUCAGAACACCUAAGGAAAGCCAGUGAUAGUGUUGAUAUGGUAGUAAUGAGCUUGAGUUGUGCUGUCAGGGUGUUGUGAGUAUCAUUCCCUCGUAGACCAAUUUCUGCUACACUUACACCUCAGAACACAUAAGGGAAGGCAGCGAUAGUGUUGGUUUGGCUAGCAAUGUGCUGGAGUGUUGUUAGAGUGUUGUGCAUGUAGCUUAAUUCCAGAUAACCUCCUUUCAUUACCAUUCUGUUACUUACACUUUACCUCAUAACAAAUAAGGCCAGGCAGUGAUAAUCUUGUUGAAAAUCUGCUGUGGUGGUGUGGGAGUGUUCUGUGGUGAUUGCCUCUCAUUACACAUUAGACCAUUUUGUUUUGUCUGCUACAUCCUUUGAAUCAGUGCCAGGAAAGAGGUGAGGUGUAUGAGUGAAGCUGUGUGUACCUGGGGCUCUUUCUAUAGUUUUUUAUUUAAAGGGAAAGUUUUCAGCAUCUUCUAUCAACCCUUCAGUACCAUGACAUGCUUUCUUGUUUAUUCUGCUAUUUGGUGAUUUUAUACAGCUUCAGAAACUUGUGUUGGGAUUGAAAUAGUGAAGACUUUGGCCAUUAAUCUUCUGACCUCCAUAGACCCUUCCUAAUGUAAGUAAAAUUGUCCAAUCAUACCCAAAACUCAUGGUAAAAAAUGUGUCCCAGUUCUGAAGGAGUUAAAUUGACAAGCUGUAGAAGUGAUGUGAUGAUAUGACAGGUUAUGAAGUCACCUACAAUGUCUAUAAUCUCAUCUCAUUAACUGUACUAUUUAUUAACGAAGUCGCUAUUCCAUGUGUUACUUGCAUUUCUCAGCAUUUGAUUAUUGUAUGUUUAACCCCUUCAGUACCAUGAUCCAUUUUCAUAUUCAUUCUACCUACUAUUUGGUGAUUCUAUACAGCUUCAGAAACUCAUGUGGGGGAUUAAGAUAGUGAAGACUGGCCAUUAAUCUUCUGACCCCCAUAAAUCCUUAAUGUCAAUAAUAUCGUCUAAUCAUACCCAAAACUCAUCUUUAAAGUGCAUCCCGGUACUGAAGAGAUUAAAUUGUUAGAGUCUGAAGCAACUAAUGUCUCCCUUUGUCACUGUGUCAUCCCACCACCUCACCACCUCACUACCUCUCAUAUGUAGCCUUACCAGCCACACCACCAGUCACCACCCUGCAACAGCACCUCCUACCUGUGCAAUAUAGUUGUUAUUUCACCUUUUUUGUAGCUACUUUUCACUGCUUUCUACCAAUUCUACCUUCAUCUAUUUAUUUUGCAGCUAACAGCUUUGUAUGCAUCCCACUUGUCUUUCUCAACUAAGCUAUCAUUUUGCCAUUCCUGUGGGCUCAUCUGCAUGUUCCUGUGUCUGCCUUCCCUCUGAAACACUGCUCUUCCCUCUCUUAACACAGUGCCAUGUACCUGCGUGAACAUUCUCCUCCUCUCCCCUGCUGCUCCUCCUCCCAUCUCACUAAGCUCCCAGCAUCUCAUGACAUUGAGUGAAGCAGUCAGCCCUGUACAGUGUGUGUUUCUUUGUGUAAAAUGCUUCUUUUGUUAAGUGUAUGAUCAUAUUUCAUAAGACGUGAGGUUGAGAAUAAGGUAUGUGUGCUUAUGUUAGUAAAUUAAGUUUUAAAAGUAUAUUAGAGUAAGAUUUUGGAAGUGUAAUGAUGUGUUGUACAGACUGUGUGUUCUGUACACUCUGUCGUAAGGCUGUAAUAAUUAUUUUUGUAUGUUGUCGUCUAGAAGAGAGAAGUAUAUACAUAAUUACCAAAGUUAAGAGCCUGACUUGCAUACAUAACCUCAGUAAGUGCAGUGGACCCAGGCUGGCAGCUGACCUCUGCCUCCAGGUUAUGUGUGCAAUGAGAGGAGAAACAUGUCAGAUUUUUAUGUGGAGAUUUAUAGAAUCUGUGCCUAGGUAAUAUAUUUGUAUCCUCGGACAGAAGAAUACAUUGACAACUAAUA